ACCGGUCCCAUAUAAACUACGCUGCCUACCUAUCUUAUCUCCCUCUGGUUGGGACGUAAAAACACAACAUCACACAAGCCUUGCCUUGUUUCUUCACUUUCUUCUGCUAAAAGCCUCCUCUCCUGUUACACACAUACACACACAGAGAGAGGUAGGUUUGCAGUUGGCAAAAGCUUAUGGGAAAGAAGCUUGCUGCAUUGCUUGGACGAGGCUUCAAGCCAUCCAAGUUCAAAUCACUAGUCACUCUUGCCAUUUCUCGUCUUGCUGUUUUCAAGAACCAGCAUCAGAUUCGCUGCAACCAAGCUCGUUCCGAUGUUGUACAGCUCCUUCAACUUGCCCAUCAUGAUCGGGCUCUUCUUAGAGGUUUGUUUCGACAGGUUGACCAGGUGAUCAAGGAGCAAAACAUGUUGGACGUCUUCGUUAUACUUGAAGGGUAUUGUAAUCUGGUUAUUGAACGACUCCAUCUCAUUGAGCAGGACAGAGUAUGCCCUGACGAGCUCAAGGAGGCUAUAUCCGGCUUGCUCUUUGCAUCUUCAAGGUGUGGGGAUUUUCCCGAGCUUCUAGAGAUUCGUGCUGUUUUUACAUCUCACUACGGCAAAGAAUUCGCUGCUCGUGCAAUCGAGCUGCGCAACAAUUGUGGAGUGAACGCUAAGAUUAUACAGAAGCUGUCAACCAGACAACCAGACUUGCAGAGCAGAAGGAAUGUGCUCAACCAGAUUGCUGCCGAGUACGGCAUUGCUUUACAACUCGAGGAAACCACUGAUUCCAGCGAGGGAAAUCUGGAUGUAAGCAAGAAGCAGGAGAUAUCAGUUAAGGCAAGUCAUGAUGCAGGAGAUGAUGAUGAGUUCUCUGAUUCAAUAAAAACAAGGAGAAAAUACAGGGAUGUAGCCGAUGCAGCUCAAGCAGCCUUUGAGUCAGCUGCCUAUGCAGCAGCAGCUGCAAGAGCAGCUGUGGAACUCUCUCGGUCUGAUUCCUAUGAUCCUGAUGAUCAGAACGGUCCUAAUACUCGACAGAACACAGUGUUUGACAAACAAGAAGCAAAUUCUAAAGAUAUGGAAAAUCAUGGUAGUCAAGCAGUGGAGUUGAAUCAUACCAAGAAGGCACCAGAAAUCAAGAUGUCUAGUCCUUCAAGUGAAGGAUCAGCAGAGGGAAUCAUAGACCUUAGGACAAUGUCAUUCAACGAAGUGGACCCACUCAAGCUAUUGGAGAAGGAAGUGGUUAUUUAUGAGAGUGAUGAUGAUAAAUAUGAUUCCCGUGGUUCAAGUUUUGAUUUGAAUGCAAGGAAGCUUAAAGGCAAGGUCCUAGAUACAGAUAAUGAUGGUGAGCACUCAGAAAAGAAACUUGACUGAUGUUUCCUUCAAGCUUUCCUGUUGGCUUGAAGGUGGAGACUCGACCUGAAAACCCACUGCACACAUGGAUGAAAGGUAAAUGACACUUUACCAUAAAUAAGGUGCUGUUUUCCUCGAGGACUUGGACCAAGUGACAGGAUAUUGAGGAGCGCGAAUAAAUUAAAUGUUUGUAAGUUCCAUGGAGUUGCAAAUAUAGCUUUGGUUGAGUGUAUAAGUUGGUUUUGGUCUUUGAUAUUUCUUUUGUUAUUUUUUAUCAGAUGUAAACUUAAUGUAGAAUAUUUUGGAAUGAUUCUUUUUGUGAAGCCUAAUUAUUUUGUUAUACUAUACCAGGUUCCUAUAGAAA